UUACAAUAAAUACUUCACAUCCUUAUCAAUCAAGUCUUAUCAAUAAUUUUUAUAUUUGAAUGCAAAUUGAUAAUACUUUUUAAGUUUACAGUUUUCAUUUUAAGAUUUUAUACUUACUACUUACAUGUCAUAACUCUAUAAUAAUUUAUAAAAUCAAAAAUUUAUAUUUAAAUCACAAUGAAAGCUAUUCUGAUAUUCGAUAGUGUUAAUGAUUUAUUAUUUUCCAAAUGGGACGAUAUGUUUAUAAAACGAAUGAAAUUUUUCAAUGAACAGGUAAAUGAAGAUUUGAAUGAUAGCCACAAUGUAUCACAACUGCUGUCUCCCAUAAUUACUUCUCAACGUGUGAUGGCUGCUCAAUUUGGUAAUACAUAUUCUUCAAUGCAGUGUAAAGAUAAGACUACAAUAGUUUUUGAUGAGUGGUUAGAUCAUGUACUCAUGAUAGUUAGUGAAGACAAGCUAGAGGAUGCUCAUAGGGAAUUACUUGACUGUAAGACAUUUGUGCAACAUAUUUGUGGACAGAAUAUAAACAUGCUGCAUUCACCUGUACAUCAAGAGUGGAUGUCAGUACUCAUAACUAAUCGAGGUAAAGGAGAUUCCAUUCCUGGGGCAAGUGGUGUUAUCGGCGAAAGUGGAGCCACCGCAACCGCACUUAACGCUCUCAAAACAGCUGCUAAAGAAAUUAAAUGUUCACCUUAUCAUCAUUAUCAUCUUAUGUUAUUUGUUGGUGAUAAGUUACUGGCACUUUAUUCCAGUCGAGGCAGUGAAGAUUUAACACCUCCAGACUUAAUACUCAUAAGUAUACAGUGUGUUGCUGCUCAAGAAUACUGGAAAGAUGUGGAAAGAAUAAGUGAUGAUGCUAUGAAAAUCCGCUUACCUUGGUUGUCUGAGGAGAACAGUGCCAUUGUGAAUCUUUGUGCGAGCACAACAGGUAGUCCUUGUUUACCCUAUUCUAUGCAUCUCGCCGAAGUAGCUCCACGUAUCACUUUUGCUGUACUUAUUGAUAUGGAAUUAAGGGAAGCGGGUACUGCUGUACACGUGUCUAACCAAAUAUUGUCUAACUUAAAGAGGCUAUUAUUACAAAGGAACUUGGAGAUGUUACCUAGCACACUUGAUGCUUUAGAAGCUUCUCUGAAAAAGACAACAGACGCCUUACGAAAAAAUAAAGCUAAUGCCAAUCUAUGCACUCGUUUGACCUCACGAAUGCUGGAGCUGCGUAAAUCGUGUACAACUACUACCCCACUCACCCCGGAGACUACGGCUACUGCCAUGCAUACCGCCCUGGAAGCCGCCAUUGAAUAUCUCAAACCGGACAUACCCAGCAUAAAAAAUAUACAGGCUUCAAAGGAAUUAAAAAAUAUAUUAACACCAUAUGUGGAGUUUCUUCAAGUCAAGGCAAUGCGAUACUUCACUCUUGGAUCGGGUGCAGAAGACAGUGGUUCCCUAACACUGCACAAGUAUGUGGAGGAGUUCCCUGGACUGAUACACUUCAUAUACGUGGACCGCACCACCGGUCGCUUCAUGGCGCCCGACAUGGCAGACUGCGUUGAUAUGCUAUCACCUGACACAGUAAAGCGGGUGGUGUCACGCACGUUCUCAAUGCUGCACGAGGGAUAUAGCGCGGCCACGUGGCGUCGCGGCGCGCUGCACGUGUGCGCGGUCACGUGGUGGGAGCGGCGCGAGGCGGGCGCGGGCGCGGGGGCGGGGGCGGCCGCCCUGGACGCCGCCCGCGCACCUCACCCCGCCGCCGUACGCGCGCUGCCCCCGCCCGGCGAUAUACUCGGCACUUUUUACAGACAGUUGUUGGAGCUCGCGUUCCCAAACGAGAGCCAGGAGGUGAGUAUGAAGGAGUUGAUCUGCGUGCACGUGGGGCUGGUGCCGGCGCCUACGGCCGUGCAGCAGGCGCGCCGUCUCGCACACUCGGUGCGGGAACUAGCUGCCGUCGACCGCGCCGCCGCCGCGGACUUACUCUGAACGGUAGGUAAUCCACACCACGCGGCCACU